AAUAGCAUUGAAUUGAAUGCAAAACACAAAUGAAUUGAUAUUUAAAUUGUGUUUUCAUUUCACUUCACAAUUGAUUUAAUGCCACGAAAAGCAUGUUUUCAUUGUCUCACGGAUUGUCACAACAGUUGGUCCGCACCGUUGGCCGCCUUCGCAGCCAUCAUCUGAAGCAUAAAUGGCACGCAUUUGUGAUCACCAAUCGGUGGCCACCGAAACCAUGUCUGGAGCUGUCGUCGGUGGCGCUGAUGGCAACGGAUCCGUCGCCCAAACCACGCGUCGCCUACAAACCCAUCGACACUCACAUCACCGCAAACGUAGCCAAAGAACUGCCCAACGAUUACAAUAAAGUGUGGACAUUUCCCAACAUAUUAUGUAUGACACGAAUCGCAUUCACGCCAGUCAUCGGGUAUCUCGUGAUCGGACAGCACUUCACGACAGCCCUAACGCUGUGCGCCAUCGGUUCCGUCACCGACCUCUUGGACGGCUAUUACGCCCGUAAAUACAAUUGUGUCACUAAAUUGGGC